AACCAUCUCCUCCCACUCUGCGCCUUCCUCUCCUUUUCUUUCCUUUCGACAUUUCGAUCUCCCACGAAUGGAAACCCUAUCUGCCGACGAUCCUAUCGCCGGAGAGUCUCCACCUAUACCACCAGCCCAACUCCCAGACUCUUCCCGACUAUCUCAGUCUCAAUCAGAUCCACCACCCUCCGAUUGUAGGACAUCUCUCGAGGGGGAUGGGCAUGGCGACUCCUCCGAGGUACUAUAUCCAACCCCAGUAGACAUCCCCGGAUCCGAACCUAAACCCGAGGUGGAUGUACAUUCCGUCGACCAAGUUACGGUACUAGGGUUUGCUGCAGCCGGAUCGCCGGGUGCUUCCCCUUUCUCCAUCGGCGAUUUCGUGUGGGUGAAGACCAGGAGUCAUCCCUGGUGGCCGGCGCUGGUUUUCGAUCCUUCUGAUGCUCCUGAAGUCGCCACGAAAGCUUACAGGAGUGGUGGUUCGGCCAUCCUCGUCUUCUUCUUUGGUAGCGACACCUUUUCCUGGUGCGAACCGGCUCACCUUAAGCCAUUUUCUCAUGAUUUCCAUCGCAUGCUUAAGCAGAGCAAGUCUGGUAGCUUCGUAGGAUCCGUCGUGGUCGCCCUGGAUGAGAUUGGGCGGCGCCUUCAGUCAGAGCUGACUUGCCUUUGUAUUCCGCAGGAGAACCUAGCCAAGUAUGCUGCAAGUCCACUCACUGGACUUCCUGUUAAAAAUCUCCGCCCGUCGGAGUUCCUUGAGCAUCUUUGUAAGGUGGCUUGUGAUGUUACCGCGGCUGAUGUGCUCCAAGUUCUAGCUCUUAAGAGUUGGGUGAUUGCUUUUGGAAAGGGGUGGACUGAUUGUUCGCCUGGGUACCAUCAUCGUCGCACAACAAUGGAGUUGGUGGACAAGAUCGACCUUGAUGUACCACCUGGGGACUUGGGUGAUGGAAAUGGAGAGGGAGAUGAUGAGUGUUGGAUCAGUGGAACUGGUAUUCAAAAAAGUACUAAGAAAUCUGAGGAAAAUUCACAUAAGAGCCAGAAGAGAAGGAGCAUAGCAGCGCUCAUUGCUGGAAUGGAUUUGGAUACUGUUGAAGUUAGUGAUGAUGAUGAGAUUAAGGUAAAGAAGAAGGCAAAGAAAAUAAAGAAACCAAUGAAGCUUGAGAAUGAUAAAAUUGAUGUCGAUGAGUGUCGUGUUGAAGCCAAUGAAGAAACCUCCAACACCAAAGAAGAAACCUUCUCAAAUAGACGGGAGAGAAAAAAGAGCAAGUACCUUUCACCUCCUUACACUUGUUUGGCUUCACAUACCAAGUCUUUGGACUCACCAGUUGCUGAGGUGAAAUCACAAAGGAAGGCUGUUGACACCUCCACCACUAGACACUCUGCAACCUUGUCGUUUUGUAACUAUGGGCAGGAAGAGGAUACUGGUAAGCCUGAACUCAGUAUGGAAGGCAUAUUAAUUAAAGACAUAUUCUCAGAGUUCCUCUCUACGGUUAUCAAUCCACUACAUUUUAAGAAGAAACCAUCAGCUGAGUUGAUGAUCAAAAGCUUCUUCAUGAAAUACAGAAGUUUGAUGUAUUCUAGUGGAUCUGGCUUCCUAAGUUACCAGAAGCAUCAGAGUGAAACCUGUGAUGAUGACAUUGGAUCUCCCAAACAGGCCAUUGUCAAUGAUUGCUCUGCAAUUGGAAAACUUGCAGGGAAACAGAAGAAGGGGAAGAAUGCUGCUAAAUUAGAGAUAGAAACAGGGUCGAGUCCAAAGCAGUUGACUUUCAAUGAUAACUCUGAAGUUGAAAAGUCCAAAGGGAAACAAAAAAAGAGAAAGGAUAUGCCUAUAUCAGUGGCAGAAACAGUUUCAAGUGCAAAACAUGAAACUAUCAAUGAUAUCUCUGAAGCCCAAAAGUCCACUAGUAAACAGAAAAAGAGAAAGGAUGCUGAUAAUUCUGAGAUAGAACUAGAUUCUAGUUCAAAACAGGCUACUGUCAAUGAUAGCACUGAAGCCCAAAAUUCUACAGGGAAAAAGAAAGAGAGGAAAGAGGCACAGGCUGGUUUAAGUUCAAAUGAGGUAACCUUCAAUGAUAGCUCUGAAGUGCGGACAUCUGCUGUUAAAUCGAAAAAGAGAAAGAAUGCUAGUCCAGAGGUCGGGAUAGGUUUUAGCCCUGAAUCAAUUAGUCAUUCUGAACAUGGCAAAGCUGGGCUGAAUAAAAGGAUGCAAAUGGAUGAAACUAACAUUGUAGUGUCUACCAAUGUGGAUACUCAAGCUAUAAAUGUUAUAGAAGAUGUGCAUGAAAACAUAAAUAGCAAAGAUGGAGCUACUGAAGAGAGUGUGGUGGUUCUGUUCCCUAAUAAUGUUGAUUCUUUGCAACCAACUGAUGUUGGAAAAAGGAUGAACAAAGGCAAGACGGUGCACAAAGGAAAAAAAACUGAAGAGUCUGCCCUUAAUGUUUCAGAGGGUUGUCAAGAAAGCAAAUCUGGUAGGAAGAAGAAGAAGAGCAAACUUGCCAAUCCUGUAUCUAUAGUUAAUUGGAGUAAGGACAUUGCUCAUGGGUUGGAGACAAACAAUGCUGUGCUGCAGAGGAAGGAUGGUGAAUAUUUUUGCAGUUACCCUGGAGCUCUUCUCUUAACUUUUUCCCCAGGAGUUUCUCUGCCCUCCCAAAAUGAACUUGUUUCGGCAUUCUGCAAGUUUGGUGUUGUAAUAGAAUCAGAAACAGAGUUACUGAAAGAAACUAACAGUGCUCGAAUUGUGUUUGCCAAAAGCACUGAUGCAGAGAAAGCCUUCAAUAGCUCAGACAAGAAUGGUGUCUUUGCACCACCUUAUACUAGUUAUCGUCUUCAUUAUCUUCCUCCAAUUGUAUGUUCUCAUCCGAUCCCUCCACCUCCAAAUGCAUGUUCUCCGCAACCAAUGCCUCCACUUCCAAAUGCAUGUUCUCCGCAUCCGAUGCCUCCACUUCUAAAUGCAUGUUCUUCUCAUCCGAUCCCUCCACUUCCUUACAUAAGAGAUAGUCUAGAAAGGAUGAUAUCUACACUGAUUUGUUCGUCAGAGAAGGAGACUGGGCCAUCAGAUAUGAUGAAGCCUGAUGCAAGGGAAAAUCUUGUAGGUGACAUGGAGGGUCUCCUGAAGAAAGUUAAAACUUUGAUAGAUGGGGCUGCUUCUGGUACCUAACUUAACAAGUUUUUCUAACCUGUUUUAGCUUUAGCAUCAGUAAUUAAUCGAUGUCGUGUUUAUCACCACCUGCUUUAUUUUGGCUGUUGGAAGUUGACUUAUCAAGUGUAAGUGGUGGAUCUGUUGCAUCACCUUCUUUGUUAGAUUACUGAAUGUAAGACUUAUGAUGUUAGUAUGGUCUUUUUGUAGGCUGUUAAACCUUUACAUGACAGCUUUGUUCCAGUUUA